AUGGGCAUGUUUGUUUUGGUUGUUUCAUCGCUUUUACUAUCAACCCUUUUCAGCUCUCGCACUUUUGCUCUCACCCCAGAUGGCUUAACGUUGUUGGAAAUUAGAAGCGCGUUUAACGAUAGCAAAAAUCUCCUUGGUGAUUGGGAAGCUUCUGACGAGUUUCCCUGCAAAUGGUCUGGUAUAUCUUGUCACCCUGAGGACCAACGGGUUAGCUCAAUUAACUUACCUUACAUGCAACUUGGAGGAAUCAUUUCUCCCAGCAUUGGUAAACUCGGUAGAUUACAAAGACUGGCACUUCACGAAAAUGGCUUACAUGGAAAUAUUCCUAAUGAAAUCACUGAAUGUACUCAGCUCAGAGCUCUGUAUUUGAGGUCUAAUUAUCUCCAAGGUGGUAUACCAUCGGAUAUUGGAAACCUUUCUGCUCUUACGAUACUGGAUUUGUCAAGCAAUUCAUUAACGGGUGCUAUUCCAUCAUCCAUUGGUCGUCUCCCGCUUCUGCGUCAUUUGAAUUUGUCCACAAACUUUUUCUCUGGGGAAAUACCUGAUUUCGGAGUUCUAAGCACAUUUGGAAGCAAUUCGUUCAUUGGCAAUCUAGAUCUCUGUGGUCAUCAAGUUAACAAGGCUUGCCGAACUUCACUGGGAUUCCCUGCAGUGUUGCCCCAUGCUGAAAGUGAUGAAGCUUCUGUUCCUGUGAAAAAAUCUUCACGCUACAUCAAAGGGGUAUUAAUUGGUGCAAUGUCCACUAUGGGUGUUGCACUCGUGGUGCUUGUUCCAUUCUUGUGGAUACGGCGGCUAUCAAAACAGGAAGGAGCUGCCAAGAGAUAUACAGAAGUUAAAAAGCAAGUGGUUCAUGAACCAAGCACAAAACUUAUUACUUUUCACGGUGACCUACCAUACCCAUCAUGUGAGAUCAUAGAAAAGCUGGAGUCACUGGAUGAAGAAGAUGUUGUCGGUUCAGGAGGAUUUGGCAUUGUAUACCGAAUGGUCAUGAAUGAUUGUGGAACAUUUGCUGUGAAAAAGAUUGAUGGAAGCAGAAAAGGUUCAGAUCAAGUAUUUGAAAGAGAGUUGGAGAUUUUGGGUUGCAUCAAACAUAUAAACUUGGUCAAUUUGCGGGGAUAUUGUAGUCUUCCAACUUCAAAGCUUCUUAUCUAUGACUUUCUAGCAAUGGGCAGCUUAGAUGAUUUCUUGCAUGAACAUGGACCAGAAAAACAGCCUUUGGAUUGGAGAGCCCGUCUAAGGAUAGCCUUUGGCUCUGCUAGGGGGAUUGCAUACUUGCAUCAUGAUUGUUGUCCAAAGAUCGUGCAUCGUGAUAUUAAAUCGAGUAACAUUCUACUUGAUGAAAACUUGGAGCCCCAUGUAUCUGACUUUGGACUGGCCAAGCUUUUGAUUGACGAUGAUGCUCAUGUCACAACUGUUGUUGCUGGAACAUUUGGUUAUUUGGCUCCAGAAUACCUACAAAGUGGGAGGGCAACUGAAAAAUCAGAUGUUUAUAGUUUUGGAGUUUUAUUACUGGAGCUGGUGACUGGGAAGAGACCAACUGAUCCAUCAUUUGUAAAGCGAGGCUUAAAUGUUGUUGGUUGGAUGCACACAUUAUUGGGAGAAAACAAAAUGGAUGAGAUAGUUGACAAAAGGUGCAAGGAUGUCGAUGCCGAUACCGUAGAAGCGAUUCUCGAAAUAGCAGCCAAAUGCACAAAUGCCGACCCGGACAAUCGGCCAUCAAUGAGUCAAGUUUUACAGUUUCUCGAGCAAGAAGUCAUGUCACCUUGUCCUAGUGAUUUCUACGAGUCUCAGUCUGAUUAUUCUUGAAACUUUCUGUAACAGAAAUGCUUAUUUAACCCCAGACCCGUGAAUCUUCUGCAACUCACUUGCAGCAUUUGAAUAUUUCAUCUCUCCCAGUGAAAUAUGCAGAUCAUGGAGUUUGACAGUUUGGAUGACUGUCUUGACUGGUAAGUUAUAGAUAAUGUAUGGUUUUGUAGAAAGAAAGUUGUGAAUCAUAAUGAUUAACUUUUUUUAUAUGUUGAAGUUGUGGCAAAAGGGUUGUUAAGUUUCAACUCCAAACGUUAAAAAGUAAACUCAAAGCCACCAAACUUUGCCACCUACUGCCACUAA